AACACGAUCUGCAGUGAAAAGAUUAGAGAUGAUUAUCCUCCCUCCCUGUGUCUGUUUUUUCACUCUCUCUUUGGCUCUCGCUCUUUCUUUCUUUCUCUCUCUCUGACACUCGUGGCAGGACAGGGCAGAGAGGUAGACUUUCAGUUCUAUCCCACAAACACACGGUGAAACCGUAGACGUCCCCUUUAUGCAUUUUUAACAGCUCAGCAGAUGAUGGGAACAGUUUGGUUGGGACUCUUUGUUCAAAGAUACAGACCGAAGUGAUCAGCUGUAAAUGUUACUUGUCGUUCUCAAGGUAAGGCAGGGGGUGUACUCCUCUGUGCUUUGCUCCCUGAUAAGAAGGGUCGCCCCUCAACAUCUUGCUGACCUUUAAUCAGACGCGCAUCAGGGAUAAGAUAACUCGGCACAUCUUCGAACGGAGACUGACUGGUAGAACAGGAUGCCUGGUUCCAGCGGCGUGAAUGUGGAGGGCUCUUGCGGGGCCCUGUGUCGGACCCUGGUUUCUCAGAACGGUCUGCAGAGAGACACAGCAGACAUCUCCCAGUCUGUCCUCUACACAUCCCUGAUGGGCCUGCUGCUGGUCGCUGACAAUGAGAAAGAGCCGCUCGCUGUUGGAAGUGGAAGAGUUGGCCUUAGAAACAUUGGGAAUACAUGCUUCCUGAAUGCAGUGGUCCAGUGUUUGUCUCACACCUGCGUCCUGCGCAACUAUUGUCUUCUGAAGUCUUACAAGCAUGAGAAGUUUUCAAAAGAGGAGGCAAAGCUCAUGGACAGUUUCUCUCAGGUGCUCUCGGGUCUUUGGGAUGUUAGGGAAGGAGACACUGUUGUAAAUCCUCGACAGUUUUACAGUGUUUUUAAAGCAGCAGUGCCUUACUUCAGUGGUUAUAGUCAGCAAGAUGCUCAGGAGUUUCUCAGGUUCCUACUGGACAAGCUGCAUACGGAAAUAAAUCGCAGGCCUUAUGUCAAAAGGACAGGGAAGGAGCCUCAGCAACAAUACGUCAGAUUUAGAAUUUCAGAAGAGGCGAAUGCCAUGUGGAAGAAGCAUUUGGAGAGAGAUGACAGCAUAAUAGUAGAUCUUUUCUCGGGUCAGCUGCGGAGUUCACUGCACUGCUCGGUUUGUUCGCACUACUCCAACACAUUUGAUGUGUUCGGUGAUCUGUCGCUGCCCAUCCCUAAAAGGAGCUCUGCAGGGGAGGUCACCCUGCAGGAGUGUCUGGACCUCUUCUCUCAUGAGGAGAAACUUGACAAGGAAAACUCACCGAUGUGCGAGAGAUGUAACAGGCGUACAGAGUGCACCAAGCGACUUUCCAUCCAGAGGUUUCCUCAGGUUAUUGUAAUCCAUUUGAACCGCUUCACAACAUCCAGGUGGUCCAUCAGUAAAAGCACAGUGUACGUGUCUUUUCCCCUCAAAAACCUGGACCUCGGACCUUACGGACCCGUUGACUGUGGCCCAGUUUUAUAUGAUUUAUAUGCAAUCUGUAACCACGCUGGGACUGUGAAUAUGGGCCACUACACGGCCUGCUGUCUAGAUCAAAGUGGAUGGUGCUUCUACAACGACUCCAGCGCGACCUCGAUCACGGAGAACCAGCUUCAGACAAAUCAAGCCUACGUCCUGUUCUACCAACGCAGCAGCAGCACAGCCGCCACCAGGAAAUAGCCUAGAAGAUGCGGCCAAUCAGUCACCUCACCUCCAGUGUCCAUAGAAACAAAUAGAAGCAGCAGCAGUUUUAACCCUGACAUCAGCAGCAAAAAAAAAACAAAACAACAAAACAUCUUGAUCUCAGUGUGCCUUCUCUGGAACUAAAAGCACAGGGAGAGAGAAGGCACGCUUGUUGUUAACAGGUUUUAAUUUAGUCGUGCUUGAGAAGCAUCUCAGUAGCCAUUUCAGUGUCUGCAUGGCUACUCUCAGGGAGGCGAGAGCGUGAUGAAUAUGAUGCUCUCAUUCAUUAUCGACAGCUCUUACUCUGCGAUUAUAUGUAUGAUGAAAGCACUAUAUACAUGUACAUCAUCAACCAUGCUUACUGAUAUGAGCCCUUACAAACAAAUGAAGAAAAUGUAACAGAAAUAGGUCAUGACUUUGACACGUAUGUAAGAAAUAAAAUGGCAUCCUGAUGAUUUUUGUAAAUAAAUUCUUAUAAACCUUCAAGUGAUCACACAUUAAAAUAAAACUUUCUGAAAAACG